ACCUAAAGCUCACGGGCGAGCUAAUCUUGGUGGGCGCGAGCUAGGCGGCAGCGCCUGCGCGCGAAGAAUGUGACUGAAUUUCGCGAGGGAGGGGGAGAAACCAUGGCACAGGUGAGGCGCUCCAAGCGGCAGAGAGUGGCGGUGGAUUACGCGCGCCUGGACGAGACGGGCUUCGACGAUUGCACCAGGGUUCAGUACAGGAAGCUGUCGCGGGCGGUGGCCAAGUGGGACGAUGCUUCUCAAGGCGAGGCCGAGAUCGGCAGCCAGGGAGGCGGAGGAGGAGGCGGAGGCGGAGGGGGCCAGACUCUCGCAGCCGCCGCCGUGCCCGUCGUGGAGGCCAAGGAUUUGUCACACUAUGUGCACUCCACGGGCUUUAAGAACCCGUGUGUCGUGAGAGCUGUGGACGACGGUGCCUCUGCUCUUGGGCUAAGGCUCCCGGAGACACAAUUGACUGUCGAGGAUUUGGCUAAGCUGGUUGGCUUCGACCGGCAGAUCGAAACUAUAGAUGUUACCACACAGGCUGAAGGUCCCGUGUAUGCUAUGGAGGAUUGGGUGUCGUAUUUCUCGUCGCCAAAUCCAAAGAAGCCUUUACUAAACGUUGUGUCACUGGAUCUGGCGAACACUCCGCUCCAGAAAAUGGUCAGUGCGCCUUCCUUAGUGAAAGAGCUGGACCUUGUGGAGAAGGCGUGGCCUCGUAACCAGAGUACCACCAUUCCAGAGGUCCAGCUUUAUGCGAUAAUGAGCGUUGAGGGUUGCUUCAUGGAUUUUCAUCUUGAUUUUGGAGGGUCCUCGGUGUGGUACCAUGUUAUAAGUGGGAAAAAGACAUUUUUGAUGAUCCCUCCAACAAAGGGAAAUCUCAUGCUUUUCGAAGAAUGGUCUUCAUCAGAUAGGCAGGCUAGCGUGUUCUUUGCAGAGCGAGCUAGCGGAGGCCAGAAAGUCGAGCUCUCGACUGGAGACACUCUCCUACUGCCUGGGGGCUGGCCGCAUUGUGUUGUAACUCACUCCGACUCGAUAGUUAUUGGUGGAAAUUUCCUGACAGGCUACAAUCUGGGGCUUCAGCUCGAUAUUUGGCUGAUGGAGGAGCGGCUCAAAGUUCGCCAAAAGUUUCGGUUUCCCUUCUAUAAGCAGCUAAUGUGGUAUACUGCAACUCGCUAUUUACAGCUACUAAAAGAUGACUCUGGCAAAGAAGAGGUUACUAGCUGGGAAAAGGAAGGUCUUCCGAAACUUGUAAGAGGUCUCAAGUUCUGGUUGCAGUCUAAGGAUGGCGGUGAGGUGCCUCCCGACAUUUCUGACCCGGUUGAACUUUUGAAAGAACUCGAGAACAUCUUAAAAGUGAAGAAAAGCAGUUCGGAUGUGGGUUUGACGAGCCCGACGGAAGGCGAGACAAGCGUGAAGCCAGAAAAGGUCGAAAAUGAGGAAGAAGAGGCGGAGGAAGAGCAAGAGGACGAUGAAGGAGAGGUAUUGUACGAUGAAAACCGGAAGGAUGACGACGAGGAUUUCGACGUGGAAAAGGACGGAGAUGCGACCAGCAGCGACACUGACGAAGAGUUUGACGAUGAAUCAGAGUACUCAGAAGACAGUGAUCGACCACGUCGGAAACCAAAGCCAUACUCUCGAGGAGGACGAAAGGAAGUAAAGUCGGCCUCGGUGUCGAAGCUAAUGCACGGAACGAAGCCAUCGCCGGUGAAGAAAGCCUCAAACACCAAAGCCAACACGACCGUGAGGGAGCGAUUGAUGAAGAAGAUCGGAGUAGAUCCGAGGAUGCCUUUCAAUCCCAGGCAGCAAAAGCCGAGGCAGCGAGAAGAAAGCCCCCCUCCAGAGGAAGAAGAAGGCGAUGAAGGAGACGAAUUCGAUGGGGAAGAAGCCGCGAGGAUUUAAGAGAAUAAGAACCAGUCAUAUGCUUAUGCUUCAUUUGGAUGUAUAGAAUGUAUUCUAUCGUCUGGACAAUA